GGAAAAUCCAUUAAUCUCAAUGCUUUUGUCUCCGUGUCGGGGAAUACAAUGCACGAUGUCAGGUCUAUAGUACAAUGCAUCGCUUAUGUAUGUUGCCCGCUAUAAAGAUCAGACAUCCUUCUCCAGAUGUUUGACGUUUCUCAUCUGUCUCGUCUCAGUUCACACUGUAUACUCUUUGCUCUUCUACCUUCAAAUUCGACACUCAAGGCAGGCCUUGGGGACCCUGGUGGACACUUCAGCUAACUGAACAUUUCAUCAUAUCGCUCUCCAAGUGGUUAUUCUUUGUAUUCUCCAAUAAUGGACUCGUCUGCAUCUGUUCGUCCUACACUCCCCCCGCUUCAUUCACUUCAUCUUCCUCGUGCACUCAAGACACAACGCCCCCGCAUCGAUGCACUCCAUGACUCGUAUGAAUUGAAACGCCAGGUUCCAAGACUCCACAUACCCAGCAGUCAAUAUUCACAUUCACACCAGAACCGUCAGGUUUCUAUCUCAUCCUCAACGUCUUCUCGCACUCCUUCCCCCACCCCUUCGCCCCUCUCAUCUUCGCGCUCUCCUACUUCUGGUGGUCAAUCCACUAAAAUGUGUCUUGUACCUACCACUUUCGAGUACGCCGACGCAGUCGUUGUCGUUCCUGAUCCCGAUGCUCCACACGUACACCCCCUCUCCGGUGUCACAAACCUCAAACAACCUGCGCAGCCCGUUCUUCUGGUUGGGCCUGCCUUGCAAUGCCUGCGCCAGCCACAACGACAGAUAGCCAAGGGGGCACGUCUGCACCCCUAUCGCAUUGUGCGCAGUCCGGCGGAUCGCAAGUUUUCUAUUGCAUCCAUCAGGGCGAGAAGAUCACGAACCUUAAAAUAACAAGUCUGAGUACUACCAAAAGAACGUGUUGUAUUGCUAGCGCCACCAUUAGUGUAUUACCAGUAUUCUUCAGAAACCCCAGCAGAGGUGUAGGAGGAAGUGUUAUGUUUUUAGAUUACAAAAGAAGUUAAUGUUGAAUCCGAUUCACUUGUACUACUAGUUGUAACAUUGUAGGAGAACACUGCUACGCACUCGAA